AUGGCAGCAAACUAUCAAACAAACGCAGCUCAUUUCACCAACACUUUCUCCAGCGAACAACCCGCAAUUUCAGAAAGAACAGGAUCACGAGACUAUUCCCACACCGACGAAUGGGUACUCUCCAUAUUAACACCAACCCCCCCUCCCCCCAGACGCCUCCAAAACACCCCCUCGCGCUUCCAAAAGCGCAAAGGCAGCAUCUACGCCACGCCCUCGUCCCGCGACGGCCACGUAGAGCGCAACCGCGACGCGGUCGAGGAGUUCCACAAGGCGCACUCGAAGCGCUGGUCCAUGAGCAGUAACGGGUCGAGCCGUCGCGGCAGUCUACCCGGCAACAGCAAUAACACCAACACCAACACCACUACCAAUACCACAUCUACGAGUGACCAACGCCGCAAAGCCAGCCAAUAG